GGAGCCCAGCGGCCGCACCUUCCCCGCCUUGUGGGUCUGGAACCUGGCGCCGUUGCCCACCGGCCACCGUCCCCGCCGGCCGCGCUGUGACAAGGGCAUGAGCCUGUCUCGUGGCACCACCGAGCCAGCGCCCGAGCCCUGGCCUCGGUGCCCAGCGAGCACCAGGCGAAAGAACUGUUAAAACAAUGCUGAGGCGGGCGAGGUGAGGAGCAGCCCUAACGGACACACACAGACUAUACAGACAGAGGGAGCGCAGCUGGAACAGGUGAUCGGAGAGUCAGAGACCGAAGCCACCUGGGCAUCCCUCCCCUGCCUUGGCCCAGCCCGGCGCCCCACCCCAAAGACGAGCCGUGGGACCACCAUGGCGACCAAUUUCAACGACAUUGUCAAGCAGGGCUAUGUGAAGAUGAAGAGCAGGAAGCUUGGGAUCUACCGCAGGUGCUGGCUGGUGUUCCGGAAGUCCUCAAGCAAGGGGCCCCAGCGGCUGGAGAAGUAUCCAGAUGAGAAGUCUGUGUGCCUCCGUGGCUGUCCCAAGGUGACUGAGAUCAGCAAUGUCAAGUGUGUCACACGGCUCCCCAAGGAGACCAAGCGGCAGGCAGUGGCCAUCAUAUUCACUGAUGACUCUGCACGUACCUUCACCUGCGACUCAGAACUGGAGGCAGAAGAGUGGUACAAGACACUGUCUGUGGAGUGUCUGGGGUCACGGCUCAACGACAUCAGUCUGGGAGAGCCUGACCUCUUGGCCCCAGGGGUGCAGUGUGAGCAGACAGAUCGCUUCAAUGUCUUCCUCCUCCCCUGUCCCAACCUGGACGUAUACGGCGAGUGCAAGCUGCAGAUCACCCACGAGAACAUCUACCUCUGGGACAUACACAACCCCCGCAUCAAGCUCGUCUCGUGGCCACUCUGCUCCUUACGCCGCUAUGGCCGGGACGCCACACGCUUUACCUUUGAGGCAGGCCGGAUGUGCGAUGCUGGGGAAGGGCUCUACACCUUCCAGACACAGGAAGGGGAACAGAUUUACCAGCGGGUCCACAGUGCUACCCUGGCCAUCGCUGAGCAGCACAAGCGGGUCCUGCUGGAAAUGGAGAAGAAUGUGCGGCUGCUGAACAAGGGCACCGAGCAUUACUCAUAUCCCUGCACACCCACUACCAUGCUACCCCGCAGUGCCUACUGGCACCACAUUACGGGUUCCCAGAACAUUGCUGAAGCCUCCAGCUAUGCCGGUGAGGGGUAUGGGGCAGCCCAGGCCAGCUCAGAAACAGAUCUCCUCAACAGAUUCAUCCUGCUAAAGCCAAAGCCCAGCCAAGGAGACAGCAGCGAGCCCAAGACCCCUUCCCAGUGACAGCAGGGCUGGUGGGCACCAACGACCACUGCGGCCACCUGUUGCAGAGCUCACUGCAGUGUCCCGUGGACAGCACAGCCUCGAGGGGCUAUUGGGCCAGGGCCUGGAGAGAGGGAGUGAGCUGACUCUCCCUUGUCCCCAAGGGUGUGGCUGGCCCCAGGCAAAGGGCUGGCCACCCACCUGAGCAUGUAAGGGGCUGAGCUACUAUGGGACUACAUACUGUUCAUGAUUUUAAUAUAUAUGGCUUAGGACAUACUCUAUAUAUGAGACUCCCCCAUCCCUACCAACACAUAACACAUUUUUUAAUCCCAUGACCAAGCCAUGGUCAAGGUGGUUUUUGAGUAUUAGGGCAGCCGUUUCCCUGCCCUCUGUUGUACAGCCCUCCUGCUGCCUGGACCAGUGGAGGGAGACAAUCGGACUCGAGGCUGGCAUACCUGCUAGCUUUUCCCAAGCAGCCCAGGGGCCAAAAAGGGAGGUGGCUUCUCAGUUCUCUGGGCCUAGAGUGAUACAGGAAGGAUCUGUACUUUCCCUGUACCACCUGGCAGCCUUCCACUUGGAGUUCUAAGCAGAGGUGACAUCUGGUUGAUGCCUCAGGUGAAAAUCUGUUUUAAAAUGUACUUUCUGCACAGGCUGCUUCCUGCUUAGCAGGCUCAGAUGCCCUUGGAGUGGGGGUGCUGUUGCUGUUACCUCAUUCGGGUGCAGGGUGGAGGACCAGGCGGGAAGGCCACAGCAGGACUGCAGUGGCGAGUACCCCUGCUCCCCCAGCAGGGGGAGCCCCUCCACCCUAAGCUUGGCUGCCCCAUACCAGAGUACUCAGAACCAAGACCUUCCCAUCCCUGCUCCCCAAAUGGUGCUGAGGCUCCCUGCUGAAAUGCAAUUAAAGCAAUUGAUUUUCUAGUGCUGAUAUUUAUUGACUACCGUGCAGAAGGGCUAUCUUUCUAUUUACAUCAAACCUUUGGUUGUGUGGGUUUUGUUGUUUUUAAUACUUUAAAGAGUUCUGAUUUGUGGGAACAGACCUUGUAAAUAACCGCUACUCACAUUUGUGGGAGGACAAUGACAAAGCAGGAGGCCCCUCCCAAAGGAGUCCCAGAGCCAGAGUGGUGGCACAGCUGGCUCAGCUCUGAAUGUGACCCAGGGAAUGAUC